UCGCAGUGUCUGUGCUACAUGGGCUUCCAGCUGUUGAUAAAACUCCGAGACAGACAGGGAUGUUGCUGCUGCUGCUGCUGGGGGAUAUAGUAACUCUGCUUAACUUGCUCCUCUCAAGGAAACGUUACCUUGUCCUGCGGGACCUGCUUUUUAAUUUGUCACUUGAAAUGUUCAGUCACAAAUACACGUCUGAUGCGUGGUACUAAUCCUAGUGGUACUAAUCCUAGGGGUACUAAUCCUAGUGGUACUAAUCCUAGUGGUACUAAACCCAGUGGUACUAAUCCUAGUGGUACUAAUCCUAGUUGUACUAAUCCUAGUGGUACUAAACCCAGUGGUACUAAUCCUAGUGGUACUAAUCCUAGUGGUACUAAACCCAGUGGUACUAAUCCUAGUGGUACUAAUCCUAGUGGUACUAAACCCAGUGGUACUAAUCCUAGUGGUACUAAUCCUAGUGGUACUAAUCCUAGUGGUACUAAUCCUAGUGGUACUAAACCCAGUGGUACUAAUCCUAGUGGUACUAAUCCUAGUGGUACUAAUCCUAGUGGUACUAAACCCAGUGGUACUAAUCCUAGUGGUACUAAACCCAGUGGUACUAAUCCUAGUGGUACUAAUCCUAGUGGUACUAAUCCUAGUGGUACUAAUCCUAGUGGUACUAAACCCAGUGGUACUAAUCCUAGUGGUACUAAUCCUAGUGGUACUAAUCCUAGUGGCACUAACCCUAGUGGCACUAAUCCUAGUGGCACUAAUCCUAGUGGCACUAAGCCUAGUGGUACUAAGCCUAGUGGUACUAAGCCUAGUGGUACUAAGCCUAGUGGUACUAAGCCUAGUGGUACUAAUUCUAGUGGUACUAAUUCUAGUGGUACUAAACCCAGUGGUACUAAUCCUAGUGGUACUAAUCCUAGUGGUGCUAAUCCUAGUGGUACUAAACCCAGUGGUACUAAUCCUAGUGGUACUAAACCCAGUGGUACUAAUCCUAGUGGUACUAAUCCUAGUGGUACUAAUCCUAGUGGUACUAAUCCUAGUGGUACUAAACCCAGUGGUACUAAUCCUAGUGGUACUAAUCCUAGUGGUACUAAUCCUAGUGGUACUAAACCCAGUGGUACUAAUCCUAGUGGUACUAAACCCAGUGGUACUAAUCCUAGUGGUACUAAUCCUAGUGGUACUAAUCCUAGUGGUACUAAUCCUAGUGGCACUAACCCUAGUGGCACUAAUCCUAGUGGCACUAAUCCUAGUGGUACUAAGCCUAGUGGUACUAAACCUAGUGGUACUAAACCUAGUGGUACUAAUUCUAGUGGUACUAAACCCAGUGGUACUAAUCCUAGUGGUACUAAUCCUAGUGGUACUAAUCCUAGUGGUACUAAACCCAGUGGUACUAAUCCUAGUGGUACUAAACCCAGUGGUACUAAUCCUAGUGGUACUAAUCCUAGUGGUACUAAACCCAGUGGUACUAAUCCUAGUGGUACUAAACCCAGUGGUACUAAUCCUAGUGGUACUAAUCCUAGUGGUACUAAGCCUAGUGGCACUAAUCCUAGUGGCACUAAUCCUAGUGGCACUAAUCCUAGUGGUACUAAUCCUAGUGGUACUAAACCUAGUGGUACUAAUCCUAGUGGUACUAAAACUAGUGGUACUAAACCUAGUGGUACUAAGCCUAGUGGUACUAAGCCUAGUGGUACUAAUCCUAGUGGUACUAAACCUAGUGGUACUAAUCCUAGUGGUACUAAUCCUAGUGGUUCUAAUCCUAGUGGUACUAAUCCUAGUGGUACUAAUCCUAGUGGUACUAAUCCUAGUGGUACUAAUCCUAGUGGUUCUAAUCCUAGUGGUACUAAUCCUAGUGGUUCUAAUCCUAGUGGGAAUUGCUGAACAGCCCAUGUGUCGUGUGCAGGCUGCCUGUGGUCUCGCUUUACGACUACAAAUUUCCCUGUCCUCUCCAACUCCUGCGAUCAAGUGACAAUAAAACAAUAUUAAUUGGAAUGUAGACAACAUAGGGUGCUAUUAUUAAUGUAUAAAUGAGGAAAGAUUCAUGUGAUGGUGUCAGGCCUGCAUCAGUGUGUCCCUCUUAUGUGCCCCCCAAUCAGCCUCCUAUUCCUGGCAGCACCCACUCCCCUAUCAUGUGUAAAUAUUGUCAUACAAAUCCCCUCCCUGUACUGCUCGACCUAUGGGACCUGUUACCCAGAAUUCUUGGAUCCUGGCAUUUUUCCAUAUACUUUUAUCGUUACAAAAAAAAAAUGAAACCAUUUAUAUAAUUAUUUGUUUAAAAUAAACUAUAUGGGAGAUGGCUUUCCUGUAAUUUAGCAUUUUCUAGAUAUCUGGUUUCAAGAUAAGGGGUCCCAUACAGUACGUUCGGCCGCAGUUUACCAGUUAUUGAAGAAACAAAUAUUAAAUAUUUCUGUGUUUGAUACACUGCCACAGCUGCACGUUUGAUAAUCACUCAUUUUGUCAGUCCCAUUUGCCCUAAUCAUGUCACAUUUGUGUGUGACUUUUAUGUAAAACCCUAUUAUAUGUACAGGUAUGGGACCUGUUAUGCAGCAUGCUUGGAUAAAUGAUAUUAUUUGUAAUACCUUAAAUCUUCUAAAUAAUAACUGUAAUCCCAAUAGGAUUGUUUUGCCUCCAAUAAGAAUUAAUUAUAUCUUAGUUGGGAUCAAGUA